AUGGUAUUUCCUGUACUCCCACUUUAUGAGUCCACAGGCAAACCUCUGUUGUCUGUUGUUGGCCAAGCUCUUUACAGAUUUAAUGGAUCUAAUACUGAUGCAAUAGUUCAAAUUUCCAAGUACACUCCAAACUUGAAUGUGUUUGUCGAAUUGGCGGUCAAUGAGAUAUCUGAUGCUAUUGUUGAACAAUUACUCUCAUUAUACAACAAUGGAGUUUGUUCGGUUUUAGCAACUCCCGAACAAGGAAGUGUUAUUCUUGAAAAAAUCCCAAAUGCAAGAAUUACAUAUAAGGCAUCCGAGAACAAACAAUAUCAGUCUAUUGCCUACGUUUUGGGAUCAUCAUUACCGCAGACCAUUGAUGAAAAGAUUACUGCUUUUGUUUAUGUUGAAGACACGUUAUCCCUUGAGGAAUUACAAAAGCUCGUUAAGUCAGGUUAUAUUCCGAUUAUCAAAUCAGACUUAUUGACAAAUGAGUACGAAGAUGUCAAGGGUCAAUAUCCAUUAGUUGAUUUUAUUAUCCCUAAAAUUGUCACCGAUCGUGCAGAUGGACUAUACACUACUCUGGUUGUGGAUUCAUCAAAUCAAUCUUUGGGUCUCGUGUAUUCAUCUGUAACUUCUAUUUCCGAAUCAAUUAGAACCGGUACAGGUGUUUAUCAAUCCAGGAAACAUGGUUUAUGGUAUAAGGGCAAAACCUCUGGUGCAACCCAAAAAUUAAUUUCUUUUGACCUAGACUGCGAUUCCGACUGUUUGAAGGCAAUAGUCGAGCAAUCUGGAUCUGGAUUUUGCCACCUGAGUACUAACUCAUGUUUUGGCAAUUUUACAGGCUUGAAAGCCCUGGAAGCGACUCUAUUUCAACGUAAAACAGAUGCACCAGAAGGUUCGUACACUAAACGUCUUUUUGAUGAUGAAUCGUUGUUGAACGCUAAGAUCAAAGAGGAAGCAGAAGAGUUAGCAGAUGCCAAAACCAAGGAAGAAAUUGCUUGGGAGGCUGCUGAUCUGUUUUAUUUUGCAUUGGCUAGAUGUGCGAAAUAUAAUGUUACCUUAGCUGAUAUUGAAAAGAACUUGGACAUGAAAGCAUUGAAAGUUUCAAGAAGAAAGGGCGAUGCGAAACCUAAGUUUAUUGAAAAGAAGCAAUCAACAGAGAAGUCGGAAAUUAAUGAAAGACAUAUUGGCCCAGAUGACAAGAUUUAUUUGAAUAGAAUCAAUGCUGCAACUGCAUCAAAGGAAGAAGUUGAAGCGUGCUUGGAAAGACCAAUCCAGAAAUCGGCAGAUAUUAUGUCAUUGGUUACUCCGAUUGUUGAGAAUGUCAAGGCGAACGGAGAUAAGGCUCUAUUGGAGUUAACUGCUAAGUUUGACAGGGUUCAGUUAGAUUCACCCGUUUUAUUUGCUCCUUACAAGCCUGAUAUGAUGCAAAUCUCAGAGAAGCUAAAAAAGGCGAUCGAUGUAUCAUUUGAAAAUAUCAGGAUUUUCCACGAAGCUCAAAAUCAAAAGGAUAUUCUAACGGUGGAAACAUCGCCAGGAGUUUACUGUUCUAGAUUUGCUAGGCCUAUCGAGAAGGUUGGUUGUUAUAUUCCAGGUGGAACUGCUGUUUUGCCAUCAACAUCGUUGAUGUUAUCUGUUCCAGCAUUAGUUGCUGGUUGCAAGGAGAUUAUCUUUGCUUCUCCACCUGGUAAGGAUGGUAAACUAACUCCAGAGGUUGUUUAUGUAGCACACAAGGUUGGCGCCAAGUGUAUUGUUAUGGCAGGUGGAGCACAGGCUGUAGCAGCUAUGGCUUAUGGUACCGAGAGUGUUCCAAAAUGUGAUAAAAUUAUGGGUCCGGGUAAUCAAUUUGUCACUGCUGCUAAGAUGUUAGUCUCUAAUGAUUCCAAUGCAUUAUGUGCCAUUGAUAUGCCAGCAGGUCCAUCUGAAGUAUUAGUCAUUGCUGAUAAGCAUGCCGAUCCUGAUUUUGUUGCCAGCGAUUUACUCUCACAAGCUGAACAUGGUAUCGAUUCCCAGGUCAUUCUACUGGCUGUUGACAUGACUGACGCAGAAGUUGAUUCCAUUGACGAAGCUGUCCAUAGACAAGCUUUAGCGCUACCGAGAGUCGACAUUGUUAGAAAAUGUAUUGCACAUUCCACUACAAUUGUAGUCAAAACGCUGGAUGAGGCAUUUGAAAUGUCCAACAAAUAUGCUCCAGAGCAUUUGAUUUUGCAGAUUGAGAACGCAGAAGAAUGGGUUCCUAAGGUUGACAAUGCAGGUUCUGUCUUUGUUGGCGCAUUAUCGCCAGAAUCUUGUGGUGAUUAUUCCUCCGGUACUAACCAUACAUUACCUACGUAUGGUUAUGCUAGGAUGUACAGCGGAGUGAACACAGCAACCUUCCAAAAGUUCAUCACUUCUCAGGUUGUCACAAGGGAAGGUUUGAAGAACAUCGGUCCUGCAGUUAUGGAUUUGGCUGAGGUUGAAGGUCUUGAUGGCCACCGUAACGCCGUUAGGGUGAGAAUGGAUAAACUUGGUAUGCUCCCUGAAGGAUACUGA